GGACUCGAGCUCCACCCCCCCCACCGGAAGUGGGCAGCCGCGCGCCGGGAAGAGCCGGCUGGAGCCUGGCGGCCGCAGACUGGAUGCCGGAGCUAAGGGACUCGCGCUUUUCUCUCCGUGCCAUGGCGCCAGCGAAGGCCACGAACGCGGUGCGGCUGCUCCUGGGUUCCACGGCUCUGUGGCUCUCGCAGCUCGGCGCCGAGACGGUUUCCGCGUCCAAGGCGGUGACGGCCCACUUGGCCGCGAAGUGGCCCGAGACCCCGCUGCUGCUGGAGGCGAGUGAAUUUAUGGCAGAAGAAAGUAAUGAAAAAUUUUGGCAGUUUUUGGAAACUGUGCAAGAAUUAGCAAUUUAUAAACAAACAGAAUCAGAUUAUUCUUAUUACAACUUAAUCCUGAAGAAAGCUGGACAGUUUUUAGACAAUUUACACAUCAACCUCUUAAAGUUUGCUUUCUCUAUAAGGGCAUACUCUCCAGCUAUUCAGAUGUUUCAGCAGAUUGCAGCUGAUGAGCCACCACCAGAUGGUUGUAAUGCAUUUGUGGUUAUCCAUAAGAAGCACACCUGUAAAAUUAAUGAGAUUAAAAAGCUGCUGAAGAAGGCUACUUCAAGGACUAGACCUUAUCUGUUUAAAGGAGAUCAUAAAUUUCCUACAAACAAAGAGAACUUACCAGUGGUGAUUCUCUAUGCCGAAAUGGGUACUAGAGCAUUUAGUGCAUUUCACAAAGUAUUGUCUGAAAAAGCUCAAAAUGGGGAAAUUCUGUAUGUUCUUCGCCAUUAUAUUCAGAAACCAAGCUCACGGAAAAUGUACUUAUCUGGGUAUGGUGUGGAGCUAGCAAUUAAGAGUACAGAAUACAAAGCAUUGGAUGAUACCCAAGUUAAAACUGUGACUAAUACUACUGUAGAGGAUGAGACUGAAGCAAAUGAAGUUCAAGGAUUUCUCUUUGGGAAACUAAAAGAAAUAUAUUCGGAUCUUAGAGAUAAUCUGACAGCCUUCCAAAAAUACCUGAUUGAAAGUAAUAAACAAAUGACGCCUCUGAAAGUCUGGGAACUACAAGAUCUUAGUUUUCAAGCAGCUUCUCAAAUAAUGUCCACUCCAGUUUAUGAUGCCAUUAAAUUAAUGAAAGACAUUUCACAGAACUUCCCCGUAAAAGCCAGAUCUCUAACCAGAAUUGCUGUAAAUCAACAUAUGAGAGAAGAAAUACAGGAAAAUCAAAAGGAUCUUCGAGAUAGAUUUGAAAUUCAGCCAGGUGAUGCUCGUCUAUUUAUAAAUGGCCUUCGUGUUGAUAUGGAUGUUUAUGACCCUUUUAGUAUUUUGGAUAUGUUGAAAUUAGAAGGAAAAAUGAUGAAUGGCCUUCGCAAUCUUGGGAUCAAUGGGGAAGAUAUGAGCAAAUUUUUAAAAUUAAAGUCACACACUUGGGAACAUACUUAUGUAUUAGAUAUUCGACAUUCUUCUAUAAUGUGGAUUAAUGACUUAGAAAAUGAUGAUUUAUAUAUUACUUGGCCUACAAGUUUCCAUGAACUUCUGAAGCCAGUAUUUCCUGGAAGUAUACCUUCCAUAAGGCGCAAUUUUCAUAAUUUGGUUCUGUUUAUUGAUCCGGCCCAAGAAUAUUCCUUGGAUUUUAUAAAACUUGCUGAUCUUUUAUAUUAUCAUAAAGUUCCUCUUAGAAUCGGUUUUGUGUUCAUUCUUAAUACAGAUGAUGAAGUUGAUGGAGCAAAUGAUGCCGGAGUUGCUCUUUGGCGAGCUUUCAACUACAUUGCAGAAGAAUAUGAUAUAUCAGAAGCAUUUGCUUCUAUAGUACAUGUGUACAAAAAAGUGAAGGAUAAAAAUAUACUCACUGUGGACAAUGUGAGGAGUGUUCUCCAAAAUAAAUUUCCUCAGGCCAAUAUUUGGGAUAUUUUGGGAAUUCAUUCUAAAUACGAUGAAGAAAGAAAGGCUGGAGCAAGCUUUUAUAAGAUGACUGGCCUGGGUCCUUUGCCUCAAGCUCUUUAUAAUGGUGAACCUUUUAAGCAUGAAGAGAUGAAUAUUAAAGAACUAAAAACGGCUAUUCUUCAAAGAAUGAUGGAUGCAUCUGUAUAUUUACAAAGAGAAGUUUUAAUGGGCACAUUCAAUGAUCACAUGAAUGCAAUUGAUUUUCUAAUGGAAAAGAAUAAUGUUGUACCCCGUAUAAAUUCUUUGAUUUUGCAUACUAACCAGCAGUACCUUAAUUUAAUAUCUACAUCAGUAACUGCUGAUAUUGAAGAUUUCUCUACUUUCUUUUUCUUGGAUUCACAAGAUAAGAGUGCUGUAAUUGCAAAGAACAUGUAUUAUUUAACCCCAGACGAUGACAGUACAAUUUCUGCAGUCACUCUGUGGAUUAUUGCUGAUUUUGAUAAGCCUUCUGGGAGAAAACUUCUUUUUAAUGCAUUAAAGCACAUGAAAAUAAGUGUUCAUAGUCGGUUGGGGAUUAUUUAUAAUCCUACGUCAAAAAUAAAUGAAGAGAACACAGCUAUUUCUAGAGGAAUUUUGGCAGCUUUUCUCACACAGAAGAACAGCUUUUUGAGCAGCUUUCUUGGGCAACUGGCAAAGGAAGAAACUGCUACAGCUAUUUACUCUGGAGAUAAAAUUAAAACAUUCCUGAUUGAGGGGAUGGAUAAGAAAGCUUUUGAGAAAAAAUAUAACACUGUUGGAGUGAAUAUUUUCCGAACUCACCAGUUGUUCUGUCAAGACGUACUUAAAUUGCGACCUGGAGAAAUGGGUAUUGUCAGCAAUGGGAGAUUCUUAGGACCUUUAAAUGACGAUUUAUAUGCAGAAGAUUUUUACUUAUUGGAAAAGAUAACAUUUAGUAAUUCAGUAGAGAAAAUUAAAGGCAUUGUUGAAAAUAUGGGAAUCAACUCAAAUAACAUGAGUGACCUCAUUAUGAAAGUUGAUGCUCUUAUGUCCUUUUUGCCUAAACAUGCAUCUCGAUACGAUGUCACAUUUCUUAAGGAGAAUCACAGUGUUAUAAAGAUGAAUCCUCAAGAGAAUGAUACAUUCUUUGAUGUCAUUGCUAUUGUUGAUCCACUGACAAGAGAAGCACAGAAAAUGGCACAGUUAUUGGUUGUACUUUGCAAAAUUAUCAACAUGAAGAUAAAGUUGUUCAUGAACUGUAGGGGUAAGCUUUCAGAAGCCCCUUUAGAGAGGUGAGUCUGAGUGAACAAAAUU